GCGGGCUUAUUAGCCCGCUCCUCUUUAAGCUUGCGAUGGUGUCGGUCGUGGCAGCCAUCGACCACGACCAACCUUCCCAUCCAUCGAGGUGUCUAUGCUGACGACGUCGCUCUGUGGGCUUCGAGCCACAGGGGAAGACUCCACACACGGGGGAGGGCGCUCCAGAAGGUCAUUGACAAUGUUGCUUAUGCCGCUUCCCUUGCUGGACUAAAGCUCUCAAGCAAGAAGUCUGUGUCCCUCAACCAAAAGCCAAGACAUGUCGAGGAGCCGUGGCAGCUGACCCUGUACGGGCAUGAGGUUGAGACCACUCUGACGUUGACGUACCUGCGACUUGUCAUCGACCAGGCGGUCUCCUGGAGGCCAGCCGUGACCACCUCCACUGCCUCUGGUGUGUCGCAGACUCCCACUGGGGCACUUCCACUGCCAUGAUGCUGCAGCUGUACUCAGAAUAUUUCACUCAUAUCCCCUCUCCCCCAAAGAUAGUUAGCACGACUCUCAUCGGAGUGAGUCUACAGGACUAUUUCUUCUUUUCCAAAUACCUUCUCUCUCUCUCUCUGUUCUUUCGGUGAUUUCGAUAGUGCUUCCUUGCUCUGGCUGUUCCUCACGCUUGAUCUUCGUUUGCCAUGUUCACUUCUACAUCUGCGAGGAAUCAUGUUGGUUUGAGCGUCUCCAACUGUUGAGAAGGCAGUCAUCGUCAUCGCAGACGCAUCCCGCAAGGUUCGCCUCGGUCUUCUUCCGAACAGUUCCGUACUGUUGCUACAGCAACUAGUGGCGCACACGGCGCCCAGGCAUACAAAUGAAUGCUGGUAUGAAGACAAACUACCAUACUUACUAUCGUACUGCGUCUGUCUUCAAGCUGAUAUUUGGUUCAAAUAAUACCUUGUGGAUGUGUGUCGGCCCUAUAUGGAGUGUUGGCCGGCGGCCUUUGUGCGCCUAACCAUCCAGGUGAGAAAGCGAGUCGGUAGUGCAAAGCCAUACUCCGCUGCGGAUGCGGAGAAUAGAACCAUUGCCGCUUGUCGUGGGGCGCUCCAGAGCCAAGUGAUCGCAUCCAUCUUCGGGCGCGACUGGCCGAAGAUAGUGAGUGCCGCCGAACCCCCUGAACAGCUAAAGAGAAAGAAUCAGGGUGCCUUGAGAUUCCCACAGGGCAUAGAGCGUCGAUGGAUGACUGCUGCUUGUGUCAUCAUCAAGGUUCAGCGUCAUCGGCUGGUUCCGGUAGUCCUCUGGGUCCAUGUCGAGAAGCUUCUGUCAAAGCUUGUCUAGCACGCCACAACCUUUCCUGUACAUCCAUCCAGCUUUCAUCCGGCAAAAGGCCCAACAAGGUUAAGCAAGAUCUUUUCGUCCCUGUGGUGUACUCAAGUGUUAUGUGCAAGUGCGCGGGAGGACAUCAGCAAAUGCCCCUCCGCAAGCCCAGGACUCCAUCACUUCUAGACCGAACAAACCUCUCGCGGUGUUCGUUCUCGCUUGUUCCGGUCCAGACAACCCGGCAGGGCCAUUGGGACACCGUCAACCUCGGAAACAGCAACAGUGAGCCUUGUCUCCUGAACAUUGGGUUGGAUGGGCAGCGACCCCAGGGUCAGCCACAAGGAGAGGACAGACACAAGUGCCGUUUCUGCCCUUACUCUAUCAUCUAUAUAGCUCAUGUCGCCAGGCACGAAAGGACGCACACGGGGGAGAAGCCCUUUGGCUGUCCCAUUUGCCACAAAGCAUUUUCCCAGGGUGCCAACUUGCGCGUUCACGUGAGGACCCACACGGGCGACAAACGGUUCCGAUGCGACAUCUGUCAGAAGGCGUUUGUACUAAGAUGUACCUUGGCGCGUCACAGAAUGAUUCAUACCGGGGAAAGACCCUACCAGUGCAGCGUGUGUGGGAGAGCGUUUGCACGCAGUGGCACCCUCUCGGAUCACGAAAAAAUUCAUAGACGUAUGCAGCUGUAACAUUGCGAGGUCCGUCAGAAAACAUUAGCAUGGGGGAGUGAUGAAAAGUACUAUGAAAGAGUAGAAGAAAUACAGUAAACCCUCGUUAACUGAAAGUCAUUGAAACUUGAAAAAAAUUUGAGAUAAGCGGAGUUUCGAAAUAAGCAAAGUACCGAAUUUUCAUUGUACUACAUUGUGCAAAUUAAGCCCUUCCAACAAAUUGUGCAAAUUGACUUGACUCAGGCAGAGGAGCCGGGGGAGAAGAAAACAAUCGGAACAAAAUUGUUAAGAACCGACACUCGCAAAAUGAAACAGCAAAACCAGAAAGCAAGCUUGCAAAAAAAAAGAAAACCGAAAGAAUCCUCAAAAAACACAAUGAAAGGGAAAAAGAAGGUUGAGCGUGAGGAAGGAAGGGGGAAGUAAGACAACAAACGUCCUAUCCUUGAGGCGUGCGCUGCUUCACAGUGUUGCCGCACUCAUGACAUGACUUUUUUUCUUUUUUGCUAAACAAUUUUAACAAAAUUAACAUUGCACGCCCGUGCAAUGAUGCACGAUGUUUUGUGUGUUUGUUUUCGGAUUACUGUUUCUUCCUCAACCAAUGUUUAGGUCACCAGUUAAUUUUUUGCUGGGCCCUGCCUUGUCUUUUUUUAUAAGUUGUCAAGAUUGAGAUAUCCGGGUGGGUUGGUCCUAAAAACUUCCGAGAUAAGCACCGAGUAAAUGCAUUGUGGCUAUCGGAGUUUUUUCCAUAACAAGGAAAUCUUUCGGCUUAAUCGGUAUUUUGAUAUAGCCGAGUCGAGUUAACGAGGGAUUACUGCAUACCGUAUUUACUUGCUUAAUGAAUGCACUUUUUUUCCCAAAAAACUGACACGUAUUUGGGGGGUGCGUUUAUUACGCGGGGUAAACUUUUUGCAUUUACACCGCGUAUAAAUGUCAUAUUAGGUGCCAAUAUCACACGGCAAGGUACUGUAACACGUCUCCACUGAUGAAGGUGCACUCAUAGCUGGCCGGGCCACGUCACAGUAACCAUGCUUUAUAAAUUGCCGAACAGUUUUAUGGAGCUUUUGGCGUGCCUUUUGCCAAAGGAAAAGCGCUCUAUGAAGCUCACUCAGUUCAGAGAGCAAUGCGACUGUUCUUAGGCCUAACCACUUUCACAAUUUCUGUCCGAAAGCGGACCCAGAAUGCGUGUUUGUUGACAUCAUCUUGCGAAAUCAAUGGUAUGUGAAUUAUUGUGUAAAAAUGGACAAUUUUGUUUAAUGCUUACUUCCUACCUAACUAGGACUUCUAUCAGUAGUAUCCACUUAGUUUUGUGUAAGGUCAAUACUUUCGAUUUGUUAAAUUUAUGCUGGACUGUGUACUCGUGCACAAGCACGCAAGUGUUUUUGUGAGACUGAUUAAAACGUAUGAAGGCUUUAUUUGUGAAUAAACUUAUUAAAAAGAGUGUCGUAAAAUGAACUGUACCACAUGUCAGAAAUAUAAUUGGCUGUUUGAGGGAACUGCACAAAUCAAUCUCUUGGUGCAUCAUGCUCGGGUUUGCCACAGAGGUGCCCGAUGGUGGAGGACCUUGUGUAUUGAAAUUGCACUGAAGAAACAAGAAGUUGAAAUCCCUACCUAGGGUCUUUCUACUAAUGAAAGGCGUUUGACUGGUGCAAUAGCCAACAAAUGGCAUCACGCAAGAUUGCAGGCAGCCACAACCGGCACCUUGUUCAACCUCUGCGAUAGC